AUGGCACCGACUCCACCAUCGGUGGACGGUGCAGCUGCUGGAUCAGCGACGCCGGCCGCAGGCUCAACGCCUGGCAACAGUGAUGACCGGACGAGGCGCAACGUCGCGUGCAUCAACUGCCGCAACUCCAAGGUGCGCUGCAGGACGAGCACAGUCGCCGGCCAGCCGUGUCAGCGGUGCGCCAAGCUGGGCAUCUCAUGUGUCGUCGACAAAUCUCACAAAAGAGUCACGAAGCGAAGCAAGCUGGAGCUGCUCGAGCAGGAGCUGCGCAGCAUCAAGCAGGUCGUCAACCCCGCUGCCGGCGGCCAGACCACAUGGACGCCGCCCAGCCCUCGCGCGACGUACUCGGCGCUUCCCGAGCAGACGUCCAUGGCCGGCGCAGCAGCAGAAGCAGCUCCGCCGUCCACUGGCUUACCGAACGGCACCGCUCCCGGGCUGAGGCCGCUGCCUCAAGUCUCGACGCCGCACUCGGAGCCGCCAGCAACGGCAAGCAGCCUCGGCCCUUCACGGCACGGCUCCGAGAGGCGCAUCAAGACCGGGCCGACCGAAUCACGCAUGCUCGGCAGCCAUGUUGUCUCGGGUGAUGACGUUGACUGGUACUUUUCUAAAUUCCUCCAGUGCUACCACCCUUUCAUACCCAUCCUUCGGAAAAAGGAUCCCGACGAGUGCUUUGAGGCGAGCCCGACCCUCUUCUGGGUCGUCCUUUACGUCGCCUGCCGCCGCUACCCGCGCGACCGCGCCAUCUUCUCAGCCCUCAUCGACCAUGUCAACAAGGACAUUUGGCAGAUGAUAUCGGUUCCUGCCAUGAACCUCGAAUCCAUCCACGCACUCCUCUUCCUCUGCACCUGGCCUCUACCCAAUAUCCGCUUUGUGACCGACCCUUCAUCCAUGUUGGCCAGCAUCGCCACCACCUCGGCCAAGCUCCUCGGUUGUCACACCGGCCGUGGCUCACAUCCGCACUUCUCCGUCGGAAUGAGACAACACUUUCUGUCAAGUGACGAAGAAGCCGCGUCGACAUGGCUCGCAUGCUGUCUGCUAUCUCAAAGGACAACGUCGAGCAUUGGCAUCUUUCCCCCUGCCAUACAAAGCAACGACACGCAAUGCAGACGAGUGCUCGAAUCCCACGUGUGGACGGACUUGCUCGCCAUGUACGAGACGCAGCUCUUCCUCAAUCGCUUCCACUCCGCUAUGGCUGCUCAGAUUGGUGCCAACGGAGGCGUCCCAAACACCAUGGUGGCCAUGUGGGAGACGGAAUUUGAGUCUCUCAAGCCACUGCUCGUCCGCUACGACACUGACAUUUCCCGCUUCUGCCUCCUUGCGGCCCAACUCGAGCUUCAGAGCCACUUCUUCAUCCCGCUGCCAUCACAGCAGCAACACAAUGCCGCCGCCGCACCACCACCGUCUCCGUCUGUCAAGGCCAACACCGUCCGGGUCUUCAACACAUCGCGCGCCCUCAUCGCCCUGUCCCUCGACCUCGAAUCCCGCACGCACUUCCUCACACACGCGCCGCAGUGGGCCCUGCGCAGCAACGUCGACGCCGCGGCCAUCAUCGUCGCCACGCUGACCUCGGCCGCCGCGCCGCAGAUGGACCCGGCAGAGGCCGAUGCCCUCGCCCAGCGCGCGUGCGGCGCUCUCCUGCACUGCUCGGUCCGCGAUACGGACCUCCCCCACCGCGCGUGUAUCAUCAUGGAGACGUUCUGGUCCGUCCGGGACCUCGUGCCCCAGAUCGGCCCCGCCCCCGGCUCGUGGCCCGAACGCCUCAGCGCCGGCGUCACGUAUUGGUGCCUCGAGCGCUUCAAGUUUGGCCUCCGCGCCGCCCAGAGCAGCACCGAUAGGGUCAACAAGGCUCUCGACAUGAUGCAGCCUCGAUUUAAUCCUAAUACUACUGCUUCAGCCGCCGGACCGUCAGUCGCGCCCCACGCAAGCGCUGUCGCCGUGUCGGGUACCGCAAACGGUCCCGUCCAAGCGCCUACUACUAAUCAGGGCUCCGCGGAUCCCUUCCAAGAGGUCGACUGGUCCAUGUUCAUGGACGACUUUGGCUGGAUGGGUGAUGACGGCGUGCUUUUAGGUUUGCCCUAA